GGCUAAAAGUGCAGCAAAUGGACGGACGCACAGAAAAACAGGAGACGGGGGAUGCUGCUGCCACCGCCGUCGAGAACGAAGCUGAGAGCAAGCAAGUGCAAGAGGAAAAGUCUGCUGCGAUCGGCCGAAAUUACCUGGACACCUGCCCCGUUUGCCAUCUAAACUUUCACAGUCGAGAGCCCAAACUUCUGCCGUGUCUGCACUCUUUUUGCAAGAAAUGUUUACCUUCACCCUCCAGGAAUUUGGCCAUGGCAGAGCCGCCGAACUCCCAGGUCGACAGCGCGAGCAAACCACUGAAUGUGAUUCGCUGUCCGGUGUGCAGGCAGGAGUGCAUGGAAGUAGAUGUGAUGGAAAAUGUCUUUGUGAAGGACUCAGUUGAGGCUCCCAGCAGCACAGUGGAGAGGACAGUGCAGCUCUGUAUGACCUGUGAUGACAACACUGAAGCUGCCGGGUUUUGUGUAGACUGUGUUGAGUACCUCUGCUCCACCUGCGUGGAAGCUCACCAAAGAGUCAAAUUUACCAAAGACCACACCAUCAGACAGAAGGCAGAAGUAUCACAAGAGGUCCGUGGGGUUUCAGCUCAGAGGCCGAUGUUCUGUGACAUCCACAAACAAGAGCCGCUGAAGCUAUUCUGUGAGACCUGUGACCUGCUGACCUGUCGUGACUGCCAGCUAGUAAAGCACAAGGACCACAAUUACCAGUUCCUUGAAGAUGCUUACAAAAACCACAAACAGCACAUGGAGAGCAUGACCCAUCAGCUCCAAGAGAAGAAAAAACUGAUUGAAGAGGUAUCAAACUCCAUAAACAAUGGACUUCUUCAGGUUGAUCAGAACCGUACGUCUGUUCACAAUGAAAUAAAGAAAUCCAUCUGCAGUUUGAUUCUGGAGAUAAACAAGAAAGGCAAGAUGCUAGUCAAUCAACUUGAGGCUGUAACAAAGGAUCAUGAGACUGUCCUGCGAAAACAACAGGAGGACAUCGGCUAUCUAUCCAGACACCUGGAUCAUGUCAUCAACUUCACCAAAUGGGCUACAGCCAGGAAUGGGGGCACGGCCCUCUUGUACUGUAAACGUUUGAUCCUGUUUCAGAUUGGAAACCUCCUGCGGGCAAAAUGCAGUACCUCGUUUAUACCACAGAGCGCUGUACGCUUCCAGAGUCGAUCCUCUUACUGGGCCUCAAAUGUUGAUCUGGGCUCUGUAGUGGUGGAGAGCGUACCAGGACACCAGCUGGGAGGUUUUCAGGGUAUCCCUCAUCAGCUCUCCCACCCUGGGCAGGGCCCCUCAGGCUCACCCCACAGCUUUGCCCUGGGAGCACCCCACAGUACUUUGGCUCAGCUCCAGAUGCAGGUGGAUAAGCUAAACCCGCAGGCCAACUGGCAGCCCCAACCACCUCCUCCACCCUGGACAUGGUACCAGAGUGUUCGACUACAGCGAACCAUCCCAGGGCCCCUUCAAGGAGGCUCCCCCUCCCACAGUAUGCUUCCCCAGCCAGGCCGUAGGUUUAUGGUGCCUCCUCCCAAUCACGUCAGCCCAACUAGCAGCCUACCAAGCCCUGGGUUUACGCCCCAGCCUCUGAGGGGGAUGGGAAGCAGCUCCAGCUACCAACCCAAACCGAUGGACGUAUAUCCCUCCUCACCUUUGUACACUCAGAUAACACCACUGCCCAUCAAUGGUGGCGUCAGUUCGUCUCAGUCACGACAGAUGAUUGAUCCCACAUAUCUGAACAGGAGGAACGAUUCUGGCGGUCCGAUCUAUAUUUUAAAACCAAACUAUUCCCAGAACCUGCCACCUUCUUUGCUACACAGAAAUGUGCAAGGACAGCAGAAUCCACUUGGGUAUGCUGCUGUGUCCCAGGAGGAGAAACCAGGGACUGAAACCUGGAAACCUCCAGAGACACACCAGGCGAGUGGAGCGGUGGGCUCAUCUGUGAAGAAAAGACGCAGAUCGUCACCAGGGCCCAUCAUUGUCAUCAAAGAUGAGCCAGAUGAUGACAGUAGCUACGUACAAGUCAACCAAAGAGCCAACCUCCCUGACAGCACAGGUGACCAACCCCAAAUCAGUGCCCAAGGUGAGGGGAGCAAAGCCCCAACGCCUCUUCAAAGCACAGACGACAAACCCUACAGCCCUUCAAAGCCUCCGUGCAGCCCACAGGACCAGAGUAGGACUAAUGCUCCAAAUCGCAUCUGUUCACUGAGAGGACAGCAAGUCGACCAGCACCAAGCUCUGCUGGAAGACUCUAAUGAAGUCCUGUGUGCUGUGUGUCGAACUGGGGGAGAGCUGCUGUGUUGCGAUAAGUGUCUCAAGGUUUUUCACCUUUCGUGCCAUGUUCCGACUCUCCUAAAAUCUCCCAGUGGGGAAUGGUUUUGCUCUUUCUGCCGUGACCUGUUGGUGCCUGAGAUGGAUUAUGACUGUGAAAGCAAACCUGAAGCCAAAACAGUAAAGAAAGAGCCAGAUUCUGAAGGAGGAUUUCCCCCUGUGGAGAAACGAAAGUGUGAGAGGCUGUUGCUGCACUUGUUUUGCAGCGAGCUGGGUUCAGACUUUCAAGGGCCCACAUCCCCCUCGGUAUGUGCUACUAACAGACUGAUGAUAAAGGGACCGGUGAAUCUUUCCACUGUGAAGAAAAGACUGGAGGCGAAGCACAGUGUGUGCUACCAAAGUCCUGCAGAGUUUGUAUCAGACGUCAGGCUCGUCUUUGGCAACUAUGCAGUCAUCAGUGAGGCUGACACAGAGGUCACCACGGCAGGCAGGAAGUUUAAAGAGCUGUUGGAGGAGCACCUGAGGAUCACCUUCCCUGAACAGACCUUUCCAGAAAUCAAACUGGAGAUGAUACCUAAUGCCCCUAUUGACUCUCAACUGUCAUCUCUCGACUAUAUAUCUCAGACUGCAAAGCGCCAGCGCACAUGUUCAGACUCCCAGGAUGCACCGAGCUGUCCCAGUGGGGAGAAGGAAAUAUGAAAGCACAAAUUCAUCAUUUAUUUUGAUAACACUGCUGACAUCAGCUAAUAUGGGGUGUGUCCCUCUUUAUUGCAAUUUUUAUUUCUGAUACACAGCUACCUUCAGGUCGGCAAACUUGUUUUUUAAGUUUGAUGAUUCAAUUGUAUUAAAAGCAAAGAACCGUGAUACAGGGCACCAAAUUAUUUCUACUUUUUGGACUUAACCGUUACAUAGGUUUUGCAUUUAGUCUGGGAUUUAUCCUGGGAUUCAUGCAAAACACAUUAAUGCAGCACAUUUAGGUAAUUGCAGGGUAAAUUAUGGGAAGUCUGUUUUAAGUUAUCAGUUUAAGUUAUCAAUUUGCUCGCAUAAUGUUCACUCUUCUCACAGUAGUUCAUGGACACUGAGCUAUAGAUGCUGUGGUCAGAUCUGCUGUGUUUUUUUCUGUUUAGCUCUCCAUGUGUAAAUAUAGAAGUUAUUGAAGAGACGAUGAGAGACGAUAAUCAUCAGCUUUGAUGUUUGUGGUCUGUCUUAUGUAGAAUAAGAUGUGUUACGGGGCCCCUCGAGGCCAGUAAAAUGAAAACAUCAAAGCAGUCAAAGCUGCCUGAUAAAACCUGAGACUGUUAAAGAUGUUACAUUGUCACACACCAUUACACAAUAUUUCUGCCUGGGUCAUUUGUCAGUGCAGAGCCACAGAUCUAAUGUUGUAAAGC